GCUCCGGGCAUUGGUUGGAUCCAGGGAUUGCUUGGUAACAGCUCUCUCCUGGACUCUGAAAGGGCAAAAUCCACCUGUGAUCCCAUUGCUUUGAGCAAGGUUGUUUUCUGGCCUUCCCUUUGGAUAUAACCUCCUGUAAAACCCAUCCAUGAACAAUUCCAGAGUACUCUCUUCUCCUGUUCUGUGACAGCCAGGGAAUCAGCGAGGCCUCUCCACCCUUUGAAUGUUUCCUAGACAAGACUUUUCCAAGCUGGGGAUGUGCUGUGUGUCCUCAGAGUGAUGGACAGAAUCGUGACACGCCUGAAGCUGCAAGUGCCAGAAACAUCAGGAGGAACUUCAUCAAAACUUCACUCCAGUACAGCCUGUGACUCUGGCUGAGGAUCCUUCCAGCUGGAAAACUGCAGGCUUUGAGCAGUGUGAACUCUUAACUUUGGGAAACGCUCCUCAGAAGGACUUAGCUCAUCUCUGGGAAAGGUGUUUUUUGUUUUUUUUGCUGUUUGGUUUUUAAUAUCUAGUACUUUCCAUCAUUUUGGCCGCUCUGUGUGUGCUGUUUUACAGAAGUUUGGGCUGUUUUGUGCAUCUCCAGCUGGAUUCCAGACGCGGGCAGCAGCACUUGGCUUGGGUCAGCUUGGAAUUAACAGCAAGCUCUCUGCUAUGGACAGUGCCAUCACCCUGUGGCAGUUCCUCCUCCAGCUGCUCCAAGAGCCCCAGAACAAGAAUAUCAUCUGCUGGACCUCCAACGACGGGGAAUUCAAGCUGCUGCAGGCAGAGGAGGUGGCCAGGCUCUGGGGGAUCCGCAAGAACAAGCCCAGCAUGAACUAUGAUAAACUCAGCCGGGCGCUGCGCUACUACUACGUGAAGAAUAUCAUUAAGAAGGUGAACGGGAAGAAGUUUGUGUACAAAUUCGUGUCGUACCCAGAGAUCCUGAACAUGGAUCCUCUCGUGGUGGGCCGGAUGGAGGGGGACCCUGAAAUGCCCGGCUUUGGGGAGGUGGCCAGCGCUCCCAAGGACGUGGAAAACUGUGGGAAGGAGAAAUCCCAGUCCUGUGCUAAAUCCUCCAGCCGGAACGACUACAUCCACUCAGGCCUGUACUCCUCCUUCACCCUCAACUCCCUCAACUCCUCCAGCGUGAAGCUCUUCAGGUCCAUCAAGAUCGAGAACCCGGCCGAGAAGCUGACGGAGAAGAAACCUCAGGACCCCACCCCCUCUGUCAUCAAGUUUGUCACCAUGCCCUCCAAAAAGCCUCCUCCCUCUGCCCCCCUGGUCACCAGCGCUUCGGCGGUGGCGGUCACUUCCACGGCUUCUGCCACCCCCACCGUGUCCUCCUCGCUUCCCCUGGGCUCUGAGGAGACUCUGCAGACCCUGGAGACGCUGGUCCUGCCCAAGCUGAGCGUCCCCGAGGCUCCUCCAGCACCUUUGCCAAACUUGAGCACCAGCUUCACCCCGACCCCCCCCAUGUCCUCGGUUUCUCCCGGCCUGCAGGUGCCCUCCACGCCCCCCUCGCCGCCCCUGAGCUCCAACCCCGACCUGGACAUUGACACGGACAUCGAAUCUGUGGCUUCCCAGCAGCUGGAGCAGGCCCAGAGCCUCCAGCACCAAUCCCCAGAGCCCAAAGAGCAGCAGGAUUCAGCUGUGCUGGAGAAGGAAUUUGCCAAUCACCUCUCCAGGUCGAAAAAACCCAAAGGGCUGGAGCUGGCUCCCACUCUGGUCAUCACGGGCAGCGAUCCGAGUCCUCUGGGCAUCCUGAGUCCUUCUCUCCCAACUGCUUCUCUUACUCCAGCACUUUUCUCUCAGACUCCCAUCCUGCUGACUCCCAGCCCUCUGCUCUCCAGCAUCCACUUCUGGAGCACCCUGAGCCCGGUGGCUCCUCUCAGCCCUGCCAGGUUGCAAGGUGCUAACACCCUCUUCCAGUUUCCAUCAGUGCUGAACAGUCACGGCCCAUUUACGCUGUCUGGACUGGAUGGACCCCCCACCCCCGGCCCUUUUUCCCCGGAUCUCCAGAAGACAUAGCACAUGGAAUUCCUAGAAAAGGACAAGCAAGGCAAAGAUAGGACACUUCUCUUCAACCACCUUUUUUUUUUAUUUUAAAAAAACCUGAGCAGUUUGUAAUUCCACAGAGAUUCCCAGCAGUCGUAGUUGUUGCCAUUCCCCAAUCAAAAAAAA